AUGACAUAUAUUGGAGGCUGUAUUGUUUCCAACAACGGAACUGGGUGGUCUAAUUGCACGAUGCCAUACAUUGAAGCGCGGCUCAAGUCGCAAUGCGACAACCUUGGCGGAUCCACGUUACGCAACAUGAAUUCCACCACAUCACACUUUGACUUCGUUUGCGAAUGCGUGCAUGGGAACACCAAAGACUUUGUAUACGACGACAAAAUUUUCAAUGCGACCGCAACGGUCGGGAAGAAAUGUAGAAAAAGAUAG